ACACUGCGCUCAGCUCUGAGGCACCACACUGUGUCCUGGAAGCUGACUGUGACUAAGACAAAGACUCUCGAUAUACACACUCUCACUUGCUAGCGCUUACACACACACACACACACACACACACACACACAAUGGAUGUCAAACUUGUGGUGAUGAUGCUUUUCCUCGUUGUGUCUAUGAAGGACUCUGAGACUGAAGCGAAGCCCAUCAGCCUGCUGGAGAGGUGCUGGUGCCGAUCGACGCUCAACACCGUGCCCCAGAGGAGCAUCCGCGAGAUCAAGUUCCUCCACACGCCCCACUGCCCCUUCCAAGUCAUAGCCAAGCUGAAGAACAAUAGGGAGGUCUGCAUCAACCCCAAGACCAAAUGGCUGCAGCAGUAUCUGAAGAACGCCAUUAGCAAGAUAAAGAAGUCGAGACAGACUGAUAUCUAAAGGACGAAGAAGGUUGUGGGGAGACGUGUUCUGAUCUCCCACUCUCUCACUCACACACACACACACACACAUGCAUCAUCUGUCCCUGUGUGGACUGCUUGCACAAACAGCACUUCGCCUAUGUAUGGCUUUUUUCCUGCACCCUAAGCCAAGCCUACACACACACACACACACACACACACACACACACACACACACACACACAGGGCACCGUUAUGCCGUUGUGAGAUUCCGGGCUUGUGCGGGUGUGUAUGAACUGUACCGAGUGGCUGAAUGUCGAUAAACAUAUUUGUGUGUAUUUUUAUAUGCAUUCGCUUUGUGCCUUUUUGUUGUAAAUAAUGAGUUGCUGAUGAGUGUUGUGGUGAAGUAAGAAGGACAGAAUGAGAGAAAAAAACAGAAGAGAUAGAGAGCAGUCACGCUUAAAACUAACCUAAAUGCUAAAUCCUAAUUUAAAAAAAAAGUCUUUGAAUGAAAUAUAUGUAAAGUUUUCCUCUUCAGGAGAUGCUAGGACGUUAACGUAGCUAACAUGCACAGGAGGCUUAUGGCUACCAGAUUAGCAUCACUAUAUCAUUUGCCACCAACCACAUGUAUAACUUUGGGGAAAAAAAAACGUUCAAAUUGUCCUACAGAGAACCAUCAGGAUCUGGCAGGGGGCGUAGCUUACACUUUGAAGGCGGAGCUUUAGUGUUAGAAAGCGAAUAAAUAAAAAAAAAAAAAUGACAGCCAAUGUAUCGCAAGUUUGGAAGGAUCCUACAGGACGAUCUUCUGUGCACUGGUAUAGCUAGCUUCUUUUUUCUUCCGCUAACGCUUUCUGUGAAGCCGUAUUUCACGCUUAAAAAAAACUCUUUACCGUUUUUUAUUUUCUUCUUUUUUUUUUAACUCUAGUAAAGCCUCGAACGCAAACAAAAACACAGAUCAAACACUUGGAGAGUGCUGGGAUAUGUGCUGACACUGGAGACUCCUUCUGUAAAAUAAAAUCAAAUAAAAUAAAUAUAGAAAUAAAAAUAAAAAGUAACCCAAUUUUCUUGACAGACAAUAUAGCAACAAUUCGGCGAGAUUCAAAUUAAUUCAAAAUAUAUAAAAAAAAAUAAUAAAACGUCAGAGGACGCUUUAUUAAGUCUUAAAUAAUUGCGAUAAAUUUCUGGAAUAAUUGGAAAAAAAGAAAAGAAACGAUGAUUAAAUAUAUAAGUGAAAUAUAUCUAUUUCAACAAUGCAGUUUUUUUACAAAAUCAAUGCAAUCUAAUCUUGGCAGCUGCUAUUUUUUUUUUUUUAAACCUGUGCUCAUCAUAUAUUAUAUUAUAUUAUAUUAUAUUAUAUAUCACAUCUCCUCAUAUCUUUUGCGGGAAUCUUUUUUGCACACCUGAUCAUGAUGUAGGCUUUGAGGUUUGUACAUAAAAAAAAAUAAUUAAAGGUCGGAGCAGAAAAUGUCACAAUUUAAAGAUGAUUUUGACGAUUUAAAUCCAUAGGUCAAAAUUUUGGGGCUGGACAAAAAAGUUUCAUACUUGAUCAAAUAUAAUUAUUUUUAUGAAUCAAACUUUGUGCUGGAAUGGAAAAAAAAAAAAAAAGAUUAACGAUAGGAUUAUUCUUAAUUAUGGUAAAAAAUUGGGGUGCUAAAUUUAAAGUAAUAUUAAUGAUCAAAAAUGUAUUUAAAAAAAUUUUUAGUAAUCUGAUACAAUUAUGUUGAAUAUGUUAAAAAAAUAUAUUAAUUAAAUUAAAACAUUUUCGUUUGAUUGUCCAUUGUAUUACAAUUUUGCAUCCAAUUACGGACCAAAUGUCCAAUUUUCAUUCUUUAACAUUCUAUACUGUAAAUAUUCAGAGAAUCGGACGAUAUAUUGUUCCGUGAAUAUCAACAUAUCCAGUAAAUUAUUUACGGAUUUAUUGUUUUCGCUUUACACGUAGAACCUAGAAAAAAGCGGAAAAUCUCAUCUAAUUAGACAUUUCCAACGUAACGGCCGUAAUCCUGUCAGAUGUGUAAUCAUAACGGGAUAAUAAUAUCAUGUGGACAUGUGGAGAUUAAACGUGCUUUUCAUCAGGCUGAAGACCACAAGCACUUCUCUGCUCUACAUGAAUUUAGAUUUAUUAUUAUUAUUAUUAUUAUUUUUACUUUUGCAGUUUUUUUAUUAUCAUGUAAAAAAAAAAUAUUAAAAACCACUUUUACCUGCAGGGACUAAACCUAUAAACCAUGAAGAAUUUAAAAGGGAAAUGUAUCCGUUGUAUUGCUUUUCUUCAUUUUUUUUAAAGAGGAUUUUAGUUUUCUUUGGCCCUACAUUUUUAUUAUUGAUUUAUUGAACAAUAUUUUUUUCAUUAAUUUCAAUUCAAUUUCACCCCCGCAAAAAAAAAUAUUUAAAUUGAAAUGAAAAUGAUUCAUUAUAGAAUGAACUUCAUUUGAACAUGUGCAUGUCUAGAGAAUCUUAUCAUUUAUUAGAGAGCAGCUUUUUCCAGACCUCGUGAUUUUGCAUCGUCCCUCUUAAAAAAGUUCCGAAAAAUGUACAAAAAACUCCCGCAAAACUCAGCUUAAACUCAGGAAAUCUUAGGAGAUAAAAACCUUUGUCUUCUAAACAAACUAGAUUGUUCAUAAAGACCACAUUUUUAUUUAUUUUAAAUUAAUGUGUCUGCACCCAAAAUGCAAAAAGCCAAACAAGUGUCAAUUUUUUCAUGUGGAAUUUUUUUUUUAUAAAUUGUGUAGACGGAUUUACGGGAUAGAAAAAAUUAAUUCUUUCCCCGAUUCAAAUUUAUCCCAAACUGGAAUUUUGUUCAAAUCUAUUCGAGUGUCUGUGAAGGUUCUGACUUAUUUACAAGUUUAAAUGUUUAGCUGUUUUACUAAAACACUAACAUGCAUCGAAUUAUUACUAGUUACGAAUUAAUUGCGAGAUUUUUUUUUUUUUUUGUACUCAAGGAUUUCACUUGGCCGCCUGCGAACAUUCCCCACGUGCCGCAAAAACACGGGGCGAUAAAGGUGCUAUCGAAUGUGAAGUAGACUCUAUGAGGCAGCUCUCUGCAUAAAGAUCUCCAUGUAGGAUAUUUUUGUUUAUUAUUGUUAUUUUUGUUAUAUUUCUAUAUGCUCACUGUUUGUAAUAAUGAAAUAAGAAAUAUAUUUAGUCACUUUUUUCCAAUAAAGUUAUAAAAAGAA